GCUCUCGUCGCCAAGCCGAGUUUCAUCAAUCACUCCUAGCCGCGGUCCCGUGACCGCGUUUAUUCGUGUUCUACACCGCAGCGGCGCAGGGCGUAGUUUGCUCUUGAAGUACGCGUUGAACGUCUGGUGAGUGCCUGGAAACUCUCCUUCAGAAAUAUGAUCACUAGAUGUAGCUGAAAUACGCAUUCAUCGCACCGACGGAUGCAGUAAGACGCGCGUGGCUUAAUCAGGCAGGUCGCCUGUGGGCGCCUAUUCGAUGACACAGUACCACAGGCUCGGGUCUGUACCGAACUCUGACCGUCACGGCGACUUUGGCUUGACUGUGCAUUCGACCAUCUUGCCUGUUGACUUUGUUAGUCUGCUGCGACCUCGGACGACACAUACCUGCUCGCGGUGACUCGGAACAGCGCACAUCGGUCUCGACGAAGUACAUGGGUGUCUACAAGUGCUCUGGGUUGCUUGCAUGUCGUCUCUGAAGAGCCCCGAGGUGGAUGCCGCCAGUGAAGACCCGUUCGAUUUGCAACGACUAGCUGAAGAACUAGUGACAAGGGAGCAGAGGUCGACACCUCACGCGCAAGAUGCAGGCGAAGAGAUCACCAAGGCAGAACGAGAUCUGCCGGUCUACGUUCCGUUGUCCCACAGCAAUCCCUGCUUGUCGGCGAAAGACUUCAGUGUGGAGGAAUUCCUUCUUUCGCGAUCCUAUACUUCGCUCCCCGACCUGCGUUCGGAACUUCGAGAUUACCUGGCUACACUGAAAGAAGAGCUGGUGAAGCUCAUCAACGAUGAUUACGAGGCCUUCAUCAGCCUCAGCACGGACCUGAGAGGGGAGGGCGCGAGAUUGGAAAGGUUGAAAGCACCGUUAUCAGACAUAAAAUCUCAUGUACUUGAAGCCCGACAAGUACUGCAAGUAGUCCAGGAGGACGUCCAGCUGAAGCUGAGCAAACGGUCAACUCUGCGCGAGGAGAAGGCCUUUCUACACUUACUGCUCAAGAUAUCGGAAUCCAUUACACGGCUAGAGUCUCUCCUGCUCAUAGCCUCCCCCACCGAUACCGACAGCGCGGGUACCGACAGAGUGAAGGCACCUUCCCGGUAUGAUGAUAAUCCCGAGGACAGGACGAGAGCCAACCGUGCUAAACAUCUCUCACGAGUGGCAGCGGAGUAUACGCAGCUUCUCUACCACGCUGCUAAAGCACGCACAGAUAGUAGUGCUUUUGUUGACGAAUCACAAUGGCGCAUAGACCGAAUCAAGUCUACGCUGUCCUCCGACCUUGACCACCUCUUCGCCAGUACACUGACCUCGCUCACGUCCGGCAGCAAAGAAGGUCGAGAGAGCAAGACAGGCGAACUGGACAAGGCGAAGUGGAUCGCAGAUGUGACCGAAUGUCUCCGCACGUAUGAUGUCCUCGGGCUCUGGCGCGACGCAGAGGACGUCCUUCGCCGUGAGAUCGUCAGGGACUUCGUGAAGAAGAGCAUCCACCCCGGCGCGCUCGCUUCCCCACACUCCCCCAUCCUCCCACAUACCCCUCUCCCACCAAAAAACAGCGCAGCGCCACAACCGUCCGGCGCCGUCCCGCGCACGCCGUACACGCCCUUCACCGCGUUCGCAUCGAAGCAGAACCCAUUCGAGUUCAGCACGCAGCAAGCGGGCGCCCAAGCGCACAUCCUCGACGACCGGGAGGGCCCGCUCGCAGGCCUGUACAACGCCGUGCUGCGCUUCGUCGACAGGGAUCUGAGGCGGCUGAUGGAGAUUGCAGAGAGGGUGUGCGUGAAGUCUGGGUCGAGGGCAGGUGCGGCGAAGACGAACGGAAGCGCCGAGAGCGGGGAUGAGCAGGGAGGGUUUGAGAUCAUGGCUAACGUGGUAUGGGCGGAGAUUGGGCGAGCGGUUUUGGACGAGCUGGGCGGCGUCGUGUUUGCUGCUGGAAAGCCGGAUGACUUCCGCAAGCAUCAUGAGACGACGCAGGCGUUCAUCCGCUCGCUAGAGUUCCUCGCGCCGUCGGUGCACGCCAUCGAAGUCAUGCGCACACACCCCGUGUACGUGCAGUUCGAGCGGCGCUGGCAGCUGCCUGUGUACUUCCAGUUGCGGUGGAAGGAGAUCGUGUCCAAAUUGGAGGAGGCACUUACGGUAACCCGCUUGGAGCGGUCGCGGAACAGAGCGGUCAAGCCGUUUGUGACGACGCAGGCGGCUGCUGUGUGGGAUGCCAUCAGUACCUGCUGGGGCGCACCCGUCUAUAUCCCGGAGCUCAAUCACCGCUUCUGGAAGUUCACACUACAGCUUCUAAGUCGAUACAAGACAUGGCUACAGAGCAGCCUCCCCGUGUUCGAAGCUACGGCUAAGGUCGCAGCAGCGGUUGCGGCUGAAAAACUUGGCUCGACACCCGGCUCUCCUGCGUCGCUUUCGCGCGCCGCAACGCCGAACUUACCCACAGAAGCUGCGUCUCCGGAGGCGGCUGCAGCCGACGAGCAGUCGUUGCACCAAUUCUCCACAGCUGUCAUCGACAUCCGAGCGAUGAAGUCACAGGUAUUGAAAAUCUGGCGCGGAGAGCUGUGUAUCAUGUUGCCUGAAGUCGACAGCGGCGAAAGUGAUCCAAGUCCAGAAGACGCCCUUAGACAGGCCCUCUCCGGUCUAACGUCUCUAAUACCCUCACUUUCUGGCCAGAUCAUCACUAUCCUCUCCCGCCGCGCUUGUGAGGCGCUGCUGUCAAUGCGGUCCAUACCCUCGCAGUUCAGGGCUAUGUCGUCGAGUAGACGUACCCCCACAGAACCUAGCUAUUUUGUCUCGCUCAUCUUCAAACCCGUCAAGACGUUCUUUGCAGUCGAAGGCCCGGAGGGAGCCGGCGGACCGCUCAAGGAUGAGUUCAUGCAGGCGUAUGUGGAGGAGAUCUUCGAGAUCGUUGCGCAAAGAUAUAUCCAUUUCCUGUCUGCGAUGCGGAAGACCGAGGAAUCGCUGCGUCGGCUCAAGAAAGGCAAGAAGUCGGCGUUUUCGCUGUUUGGCGGGUCGACAGCCAAGGACGACGACGGGCGAGCAGACGAAGAGAAGAUUCGGGCUCAGAUGAUGCUUGACGUAGCAGCAUUCGGUCUAGACGCAGAAUCGCUCGGUGUCGCCGUGCAACACAGCGAAACUUUCAAGGUAUUGGAAGAGAUGGCCGGUGCUAGCUUCACUGAUGCUUCACAGAUGUCAAUUUCAGAGACAUGA